AUGUCGACUUCAACACAAAUCGCCGUCCAGAAGGACACGGCCGAAACCGUCGAGUGGGCCGACAGCAGUAAGCACCAGCUAGAUCAGCAAGAGGCACAACGCCUAGGGCUGGAGUUCGACCCCGACUCGCCUGAAAACAAGAAGCUCGUCCGGAAACUAGACUGGCGGCUCGUGCCGAGCUGUUGGGCCCUCUACCUCUUGUCAAACGUCGACAGGGCCAACAUAGGAAACGCGAAGGCAGGUGGGCUCGAGGACGACUUCAAGCUGACCUCCACGCAAUACUCCAUCAUCGUCCUCGUCUUCUUCACGUCCUACAUCGUCUGCGAGGUCCCCUCCAACAUGGUCCUCGGGCGGGCGAGGCCCAGCAUCUACCUCCCGGCCCUCGCCAUCCUCUGGGGCGUGGCCGCCGCCUGCCAGGGGGCGUGCCGGAACUGGCACCAGAUAGUCGGCCUGCGGUUCCUGAUCGGCUUUUUCGAGUCCGGGUUUGCUCCCGGGUGUGCUUUCUACCUGUCCUCGUGGUACAGGAGGUAUGAGCUCGCGUCGCGGUAUGCGUGGCUGUACACCUCUGUUGCUGUUGCGGGCGCCGUCUCUGGGUUGCUGGCUGGCGUCAUCACGGAGUACAUGGACGGCGCGGGCGGGAUAGCGGGUUGGAGGUGGCUUUUUAUCAUCGAGGGCGUAGCCUCCUGUGUGCUUGGCGUGAUUGUGAUGUUCGUCAUGCCGGAUUAUCCAACUUCCAUCAACAGCAAGUUCCUCACCAAGGAAGAGCGCAUCCUGGCCUGCAACCGACUUGCGGUCGACGGCAUGGGUCUCGCCCAGGGAGCACAGAAGAGGGUUGGCGAGUGGACCGCUUUGAAGAUGACAGUCAAGGACUGGCGAACGUGGUGCCUCUGCUUCCUUUUCGUCAUGGGAACUGGAAGCCAGACCAUCCAGUACUUCAUCCCCUCGCUGGUGGAGACCUUUGGCUGGGAAGGCCACUACGCUCAAUAUAUGACCAUCCCCGGAUAUGCGUUUGCAGUGGUCUGCAUCCUCGCCGGCUGUUUCACAGCGGACUGGCUCAAGACGAUAUGGCCGGUUCUUACAGUCAUGUCGGGCUCAGGUUUUGUGUUCUUCGUCGCCACUACAGCGGCGACAAACGGCAUGGUCCGAUACGUGCUGGCCAUCUUCGCGUUCGGGACUAUCUACGGCUGCUCGCCGCUUACCAAAACAUGGAUCUCCCAUGUGCUCUCUCACCCAUCCGAGAAGCGAGCAGUCGCGAUUGCAUUGAUCAAUGCACUGGGUAAUGGCUCGUCCAUUUAUGGGUCGUUUCUGUGGCCGGACAAGGACUCUCCCAGGUUCACUCCUGGUUUCGCGACGACAACAGCGUGGAUGGGGGCCCUCGCAGUGGGGACAGUUAUCUCAGCGUGGCUGUUCAAGAAAUACCCUUCUCAGGCCCAAGACCAUGGUGUAGUCAUGGCCAACCAGUUGCGAGCGGAGAGGGAGGAGCAACAGAAGAAUUCGGCGCAGGUCUAG